AUGCAAUUGUUACCUUUUAAAGUAACAAGCGCCAUCUAUUUUGCAAACGUUGUCUAUUUUACAAGCUCCAUCUAUCUUACAAACAAUAUUUUACAAGCGCUAUUUGACAAGUGCUAUCUAUUUUACAAGCGCCAUCUAUCUUACAAGCAAUAUUUUACAAGCGCUAUUUUACAAGUGCUAUCUAUUUUACAAGCGCCAUCUAUCUUACAAACAAUAUUUUACAAGCGCUAUUUGACAAGUGCUAUCUAUUUUACAAGCGCCAUCUAUCUUACAAGCAAUAUUUUACAAGCGCUAUUUUACAAGUGCUAUCUAUUUUACAAGCGCCAUCUAUCUUACAAGCAAUAUUUUACAAGCACUAUUUUACAGCUCUAUCUACUUUACAAACGCUAUUUAUUUUACAAGCGCUAUCUACUAUACAAGGCCAUUUACUUUACAAGCGCUAUCUAUUUUACAAGCGCUGUUUAA